CUACGAGCUUUCCACGCUGACUGGCACUCAAGUCCUGCUGCUGGUGGCCAGCGAGACGGGCCAUGUGUACACAUUUGCCACACGGAAGCUGCAGCCCAUGAUCACCAGUGAGACGGGGAAGGCGUUGAUCCAAACGUGCCUCAACUCCCCAGACUCGCCCCCGCGCUCAGACCCGACCACUGACCAGCGCAUGAGUGCCACGGGCUUUGAGGAGACGGACCUCACCUACCAGGUGUCUGAGUCGGACAGCAGUGGGGAGACCAAGGAUGCACUGAAACCAGCGUUCACUGUCACCAAUCUGCCGGGGACAACGUCCACCAUCCAGACAGCCCCCACCACCUCGACCUCCAUGCAAGUCAGCAGUGGCCCAUCAUUCCCCAUCACUAAUUACCUGGCGCCAGUGUCUGCCAGCAUCAGCCCCAAUGCCGUCACCAGUGCCAACGGGACAGUGCUGAAGACUACUGGAGCCAGUGCAGUGACAUCUGGGGGCCUCAUGCCCAUACCCACCGGCUUCACCCUCAUGUCAGGUGGUACCAUGGCUCAGCAGGUCCCAGUCCAGGCGAUCCAGGUGCACCAGGCACCGCAGCAAACGUCUCCUUCUAGUGACAGCAGCACUGACCUUACCCAGACCUCUUCCAGCGGAACAGUGACCCUCCCGGCGACCAUCAUGACGUCAUCUGUGCCAACCACUGUGGGUGGCCACAUGAUGUACCCCAGCCCACAUGCAGUGAUGUAUGCACCCACAUCUGGCCUUGCGGAUGGUGGACUUGCAGUCCUGAAUGCUUUCUCACAGGCGCCCUCAGCGAUGCAGGUGUCCCAUGGCCAGGUCCAGGAUCAGGGUGGUGUCCCCCAAGUGUUCCUGACAGCCCCAUCAGGCACUGUUCAGAUCCCAGUCUCAGCUGUCCAGCUUCACCAGAUGGCUGUCAUCGGGCAGCAGAGCAGCAGUGGCAGCAGCCUGACGGAGCUGCAGGUGGUCAACUUGGACACCUCACACAGCGCCAAGAGUGACUGAGAGGCCUCUGCCGCCGGCCUUGUACUGUCCCUGGCUUGUCAUGCCAGUGCUAGAGCUGGCGGCAGUUCCUUCUCGUACAGACUGCACCAGUUAUUUAUUGUUGCCUUUUCACGUUUCCUUCAUCCACACAUGCACACACGCACACACUCACCCACACACACACAUACAGGCAUGCGCGUGGGGCUGCAGGACCCGCCUGGGGUAGGGCUGUUCUGGGGCUGUGCAAGGCUUGGGGGCGUUUGGAUGCUGCAAUAGCUGUGCUUGUCUCACGCCAGCCAAAGAAACUUGUCUCUUGAGAGGAGGAUAGCUCUGCAUUGUAAAAUACUGCAGGCUGUUCCCGGCCGGAGGCUCUGUCUCCUUCUGGGCU